AUGGCCGGAGCAAUCAUAGAGAACAUGAGCACCAGAAAAUUGGUUUUGUUUGUUUGUUUCAUUCUCCUUUUACAGAUUUGUUCCAUCAUGGUUGGAGCAUUAAUUUCUCCCAGUCCUACCACUGCCAUCCGAUACUUGGCCACCAAAUGCAUCGAUCGCCACAGGACGCGCGCGUGGCUCGUGCCGUGGGGCUCGAAUCGGUGCCAGCAGGUCCACAGCUUUGACGAACCUUUGGCUAAAACGCUGGAUGCCAACGACGUUGUUUUCGCUGUGCACGUACCCCUGCCCAACAAGGAGAUGAGCCCCUGGUUUCAGUACCUGCUGGCUGUGCUGCAGUUUGACAUCGCAUUCAAAAUGAUAAAUCAGAUCGAAGACGAUGUGGUCGUCACUGUUGAUGCUCGCCUGGCAUUCAGGGAUGACACGACGUCUGAGUGGACCUCAAAAUUUCACUCGGUGGAGCACAGGCCGCUCAGGUGCACAUUUGCGGUGCCCAAGACUCGUGAAAACGAAGGACGCUUUUAUCACUGCGACCCCAUACCCUUCAUGGAGCUGGGGAGUGUCGCCCACAAAUAUUUCUUAAUCAACCUGCGUUUGCCAGUGAACGACACGGUGAACGUGGGCAUCGGAGAAAUAAAGGACAUCCAUGUGGUGGGCAUCCACCAGAACGGAGGCUUCACCAAAGUGUGGGUCAGCAUGAAGACGGUGUUCAGUCCCUGGAUGUUGGUGGCUACAGUCUGGUACUGGGACAGGAUCAGGCUCAUGGCCAGACCUCCAGUCCUUUUGGAAAAGGUGAUUUUUGCUCUGGGCCUCUCGGUGACCUUCCUGAACAUGCCGGUGGAGUGGCUGUCGAUGGGCUUUGAGUGGACGUGGAUGUUGCUGUUUGAGGACGCCCAGCAGGGCGCCUUCUACUCUACACUCUUCUGUUUCUGGAUCAUCUUCUGUGGUGAACACCUCAUGGACCAGCAUCAGAGGAAUCGGCUCUCAGCGUAUCAGUGGCAGGUUGGGCUCGUGGUGUUUGGAUCUUCUGUUCUCCUCAUAUUUGACCUGAGUGAAAGGGGGGUUCAUUUGAGCAAUCCUUUCUACAGUGUGUGGGCAUCAGACUCCAGGAGUAAGCCACAUAUUGCCUUCAUCACUGUGGCAGGGAUUUCUGUUUGCCUGUAUUUCCUCUCCCUGUGCCGUAUGGUGUGCUGUGUGCUCAGAACCAUUGGUGGGAAAAUGCAGCAGCUUCCUGCAAUGCCGGAGGCUCGGAGACUGCGCUAUAAGGGGAUUAUUUUCAGGUUUAGGUUUUUAAUGCUGGUGACUCUCACAUGUGCUGCUGUGACCGUCAUCUUCUUCAUCUUAAAUCAAGUCAGUGAGGGUCACUGGCACUGGGGAGAUUUCACUCUCCAAGUCCACAGCGCCUUCCUCACGGGAAUCUACGGCAUGUGGAACCUGUACGUCUUCACCAUCAUCUUCCUCUAUGCCCCCUCGCACAAGCACAGGCGGAGCGAGUCAGGGGACACUCCGCACACAGAUAUGACAGAAAAGCCGGAAAGCCACGAGACGCAGCUGACGUGUGGAGAGCAGGGGCCCACGGAGGUCUACAGGAUCACCGGGAAGGUGGCUGAGGAGUAACUGCAGGGCUUGCUUUAGUUUUUGUUGUGUUAUCCUUUAAUUUUCUGCUGUUUGUCUGAAUCUUCUUCACUGCUAGAUGUGCAAGUGAGCCAAUGCUGUAACAUUUAAGAAGGAAAAUGAACAGGCUGGGAAAGCUACAGGAAGCUGCAGUAUAAGGAAAUAUGAGGAAGGCUUGAAUAUACAAAGUUAGAUUCUCUGGGAAGCCGGCCCUUAGAGGCCCCAGCGCUGCAUAUUUUAAAUGUUAUCUGUUGUUAUUGUUAUCUAACAGACAUCAGCUACACGGUCUGCCAGGAAACGUGUUGACCUGUGACCCCCUGCAUGUCACUAUGUCAUUACAACCUCCUGAAAUGAAGACUCGUUUCCUUAAACUUGGGAUGAGAAGAAAAA